AUAAUAAAUAAAAUAAUAGUGUGAUCGAAAGAGAAAAGAAACGAAGCUCUGGACUAGAUAAUGGCUUCGCUCGGCGCCCAUCACUGUUCAUCCAUGGCCUGCUAUGGCUUGCGAGGCCAUACGUUUCUGCAUCGUGCAAACUUGUACACGCCCAAUGCUUUCAAGUCAGAUCAGUUCUUUGGGAUUCUGAAGAAAUCGUGUAUUGGAUUGAAGAAAGUCGAUAGAGCUAAAUAUGCACUAAUCUCAGGAGAUGGUGAUCUCUUAUCUUAUCCUAAUACUAAUGGGGCUGCUACGCGUAAUGCCUUCAUAGAAGAACCGCCGGCAAAGGAACCUCCUGCUAUUCAUAUAAAUUCCAAUUCCUUAUCAUUUGGAACUCUAGCAGCUGAGAUAACUUCGACAACUAGUGGUUUCUUUUCCCCAGAUGAUGAAUACGACUUGGACCAGCCUACCAAGGGAUUUAACUCAAUCCCGGAGGCCAUUGAGGAUAUACGUCAGGGAAAGCUAGUGAUUGUUGUGGAUGAUGAAGACAGAGAGAAUGAAGGAGACCUUAUAAUGGCAGGCUCGCUGGUGACACCUGAGUCUAUGGCUUUCAUAGUCAAGCAUGGAACUGGGAUAGUUUGCGUGAGCAUGAAAGAAGAAGACCUCGAGAGACUGCAGCUUCCCUUGAUGGUGCCGCAGAAAGAGAAUCAGGAAAAACUUUCUACCGCUUUUAUGGUCUCAGUGGAUGCAAAACGUGGGACUACGACUGGUGUUUCUGCUUGUGAUAGAGCAAAAACAGUGUUGAUUCUUGCUUCAAGAGAUUCGCGACCGGAAGAUCUCAACCGUCCCGGUCAUGUUUUCCCCCUAAAAUAUCGGGAGGGAGGGGUUCUUAAAAGGGCAGGGCACACCGAAGCUUCCCUGGAUCUUGCAUUGUUGGCUGGCCAGGACCCAGUUGGGGUGUUAUGUGAGGUAGUGGAUGAUGAUGGUUCCAUGGCUCGAUUGCCAAGGCUACAGCAAUUUGCACAGGCUGAGGGCUUGAAAAUCAUUUCUAUUGCAGAUCUGAUCAGAUAUAGAAGAAAACGAGAUAAACUGGUCGAGCGAGCUGCUGUUUCCCUAAUACCGACAAUGUGGGGCCCUUUCCAGGCCUACUGCUAUAGAUCACUGCUUGACGGUAUUGAGCAUAUUGCAAUGGUCAAAGGCGAGAUUGGAGAUGGGCGCGAUAUUCUCGUGAGAGUCCACUCUGAAUGCCUAACAGGUGACAUAUUCGGGUCAGCUCGAUGUGAUUGCGGUAACCAGUUGGCGCUCGCAAUGAAACAAAUUGAGGCUGCUGGGAGAGGAGUUUUAGUUUAUCUCCGAGGACAUGAAGGCCGAGGAAUUGGAUUGGGCCACAAGCUUCGGGCCUACAACCUGCAGGAUGAAGGGUGUGAUACUGUCGAAGCUAAUGAGGAACUCGGCCUGCCAGUCGAUUCUAGGGAAUAUGGAAUCGGUGCUCAGAUAUUACGAGAUAUCGGUGUACGCACGAUGAGGCUGAUGACUAACAACCCCUCAAAGUACGCCGGCCUUAAGGGUUACGGCCUAGCAAUAUCUGGGAGAGUCCCACUGUUGACACCGAUAACAGCCCAGAAUCGAAGGUAUAUAGAGACAAAGCGCCAGAAAAUGGGACAUGUAUAUGGCCCAGAGAAUGGUGCUAGUUCAAGUGCUGCCGGUUCCGAGGAUGUCUGAUUAUAGGCAUGUAGGGCGGUGCCUUAUUGACCCCGUUUUCGACAACUGCUGGAAGUUAUUGACAAAAAAUAUGCGGGAACAAUGAGUCAUGAAUUCUCUUCGGAUUCAUUCAACUGUCAAAUUAGCAGUUAUUAGAUCUACGCUGCAGAUAUUAAUAUUUGUUCUCUGAAAAUGAUACUUUAUUUUUGGCAAUAGAAAUUUACUAAUUUAGUACCAAAAGAGUUCUAUCAAA